AUGCUGAGGAAACUGCCAAAUUUGCGAGUUGGCAUACUCGGCAUGGCUCAUAGUUUUGAGCAGAAAGCUCUGAUAGCAAGAACACGAAAAUUAUUCGAAUUAGUCUGCCAAACCUAUUACACUGGUGAUUUAAAAAAUUUGAUAGAAAGCGAUGAAAAUGCAGAGCCGAUUGUGGAGCAUAUGCCGGAAGUGGAAAAGCUUCAAGCAGAUGUGCGAGAAUUAUUAAACGUUACUGAACAAGAUAUUAUCACGAUCGCUCCCGGUACUUAUGGAUUUUUUUCGGGUCUUCUUCGCCAGUACUUAUUCGCUGUCAAUAACGUGCUGUGCUGCGUAUCGGAAGAAUGUCUUGUACAGCGUGGUCAGUUUUAA